AGAACCCAACACUACAAAUCCGGUGCACGUGGCAAGAGAUGCCUUCAAUAUGUUGAACCUGAUUGGCUGCCCGCUGCUGCUGUCCUGUAUGUGUAUGGAGCGUUACCUGGCUGUGAUCAGACCUGUGCUGUAUCUGAAAGUGAGGAAGUGGGAGUAUCGAGUGGCUAUUUCUGCUGUGGUGUGGGUGAUCACAUUAUCCUUCUGCAUGGCCUCAGGCACACAGCAAAACAUGUCUCUCAUGAUGAUGCCAGUUUCCCUCACCAUCUCCUGCCUCUUCAUCCUCAUGAUCACCUGCCUCUGUGGUGUGAUCAGGUCACUACUGCAGCAAAGCCCCGCCCACACCACAUUUGGGAACCAAGCCAGCUCCGAGUCCCCCCUGAAGAGACGAGCAGUGGUUAACGUUUUGUUUGUGGUGGUGCCAUCAGUCAUAUCUUACCUCCCAGUCCUGUUGAUGGCUCCCUUUCUCGUAUACAUACAAUAUAAAAAAAGGGUUUUCAGUAGUGAGAUCUGUAGUGUUUUUGAAUUAGCUGAGUUGUUUCCCAGGUUUGGUUUGUUCAUAGGUCCGCUGUUCUAUCUCUCCAGGGCAAGACAAAUGUGUUGCCUCAGUAGAUAUCAACCUACACACCAAACCUGAAGCUGGAAACAUCCAUACAUCUAUCCAUCCAUUAUCUCUACCACUAAUCCUGUUCAGGGUCAGCUGUCAUCCCAGCUGUCAUUGGGUGAGAGGCGGGGUACCCCUGGACAGUUCGCCAGUCUAUCACAGGGCUAACAAGUAAACGAACAACCAUUCAUGCACACACUCACACCUACACACAAUUUAGUUACCAAACAUCCUGACCAUCGACUGUAUAAAAUAUGGAACCAGGCAGAGUGUGACGUAGUGUGAGCCUCUUAGCCAACAGCUAUGUGUU